CAUUGACCGAUUUAUUUCGGGAUGUAUUGUGCGUGAGGAACAUGUUGGGCUUAACUUAGAAUGUUGGCUUAAAUUCCUCGAAGCCGAACACUAUUUUUUCUCGGAGCGAUAAAGUAAACUUCAUGAUCGAAUGACUUUGAAACUGCCGGUUCUGAUGUGUCAAAAUAUAUACAUCUUACGAAAGAUAUGAACUAAGCUAUCACAUCAAAGAAACAAGCAUGGGGAUCAAUUCAUUGGAGCAACUGUCUGACCCUAUUGUCUCUCGUAUUAUCAGUUUCCUUCCUCAAAAUGACAAAGUCAACCUUUUGUACACGAAUUACCACUUUUAUGUUCUCGUUCAACCUUUACUAUAUCGAAAUCUUCUGUUCACAAAAUCCGCAGCGUUGUCUUGUAGGCACACUUAUGACGAAUCGCUGUACACUGUCAUUGGAGGUUUAAAAACACCACUUGCAACUGCCUCACUGAAUAAUAAAAUAUCCAAAACAAGGCAAAGUGUUCUACUUGAAUCGCUGACGAUCAAUAGUGAGCUCUGUAAAUACGUCGAAAAUAUUGUUUUUGCAGGGAGUUAUAGUAAUGAUGCAAAGGUUGAAUCAUUUCACGACGUAAUAUCUUUGGAUUUGUUUGAGUAUGUGAUGAAAAACUGUCCCAACCUCAAGAAUACUUCAGCUUUUGAUUUGUCUAAUUACAACAAGAAUUUUACUAAACAGCAAACCGUCCAGUUGGAUUCUUUGAAGGACCUGGGAUCAAUAAUAAACAGUCCAAUAAAACAUUUGUCAAUUAGAUCACAAGAUAAUCUAACCGACUUUAAUGGAUUGGAUGACAACUUAUUACUUGUGUUUUUUGGUCAGCUACAGACCCUAGAGUUCAAUGAAGAUAUCUCGCAGUCAAUAUUGUUGGAUAAAUUGAAUAGCUUGUCACAAAAUGUGUCGAAUGACAAAGAGCCACUUUUCCAUUUGCAGAAUUUGAAAGUAGUUUUUUACCAUUGCUUCGAAAACUAUGGCGAGAAGCUCUCUAGUUUUCUUAAACGCAUAGACUUCAAGGUCCUUAAGAGAUUGGAGGUUGCCGUAGGAUGCGAUGAUAUGACAUGUGAUUGUUUGCAGAAUUUUUUUCAUUUUCUGACAAAGCAAGAUCUGAAGCUUCAAAACUUGUCCUUUGUUCAAAAAACUGCACACAGGGAACAUAAUUAUUCAGAGAAGUUCGAUUUUCACAUAACACAGUUUUUAAAACAAUACGCAUCCAGAGAAAGUUUGAAGUUUUUGUCUAUAAGACAUGCACCACCCAGUGAUUUCAAUGUUGGUGAUGGAUUUGAAGGUAAUUACUUACACAGGAAAGCAUUGUACGAAGAUGUUUUGCCUUUGUUAACCAAUCUAGAGACUCUCAUUUGUCCAACAUUCCUGCAAUCUGUUGCUGGUUAUGAGCAAAUAAUAUCCAAUCUUCUUUGGAAUGGAUGCGAGUGUGAACAUUGUAACGAUUAUUUGCCCAUCUUCGACAAGUACAUUUUAAAGCAUCAGUAUUAUGAUGAAGAGAAGAGUCGCAUGACCGACAUGAUCUCCCCUAUACUAUUUGGUAAUGUCGCAAGGGUCUUAUCAAGUAGACUUCCUACAGGAUGUGAUAUGUUUCUAGACAGCUUCCCUCCAGUAUGUAGAUACUGGGAUUUUCACUCCGCUCCUUACCUCAUCACUCAUUCAGGGGAAUGUUCGAUUGAUAAGUCAGCUUCUCCCCCCAUUGCUAUAUGCGUUGCUCACUUCUUACGAGAAUAUGUUGAUGCUAUUGGUCUAAUGAUUCCAACCCUCAGGAGAUGCGUUUUGAGUGGUGUAUUCUUUGAUCGCAUUCCAGUAGAAGGCAAGGAUGAUAAUUGGGUAUGCUCAGAUCAAUAGAUACAUGUAGUCACGUGCACACGCACGCGUGUUUUGCUGAUUUGCUCUUGUUUAUAUUUUGUAUUUUUACAGGACCUGAAGCGUAAAACUGUUUACUUACUUUUGAUGGAACUCCGAU